GCUGUCACCUGCUGCUGGGGUUCCAGGAACGACCUAGAGCAGUGGCCCAAUUACCCUGCAAAAGACAGCACUCUACGUGUCCAGGGACAGGACAGCGAUUGACUGGUAAAUACUCACAUAUGAGCUCCGCGAUUGCGUGACUAAAAUUUGGUGUGCAGUACUGAUGUGAUGCUGGAGGAUCAGCUCAAGGUGCACUGAGCCUCCCAUGGCAGUCAGCACCAUGGACUCCAAGUCAGCCCGGACACCUCAACCCCAGGCCACACUGACAAAGGGAGGCCCUUCUCUGUUGCCUACUGGGGCUCUGAGUACCACGUUGGGGCCUCAAGGGAAGCAUUAUGUCUGUGGUUCCCUUGCAGCUUUUACCAAUAUUGUGGUGACCUUUCCCAUACAGAAGGUGCUAUUCCGCCAGCAGCUGCAUGGUGUGUUGGCUUCUGAAGCAGUGCAACAGCUCCAGAGGGAUGGGCUGAGGAAUCUUUACCGGGGCCUGCUGCCCCCACUGCUCCAAAAGUGCACUACGGUGGCCAUCAUGUUUGGCCUUUAUGAGGACUUCUCUAGAGUGUUACUUGACCAGGCAGGUAGCAGCGGUGUUCCAGAGAUUGUCACGAGAAGCUUUGCUGCAGCGUUGGCAGGCACCACAGAAGCCAUCCUCACACCAUUUGAGCGGGUACAGACUCUCCUACAAGACCAUCGGCACCACGGCCGCUUCAACAACACAGCCCACACCUUUCGGACACUUGUGACCGAGCAUGGUGUCAGAGAGUGUUACCGUGGCCUUGUACCCAUACUCCUCCGUAAUGGCCCCAGCAAUGUGCUCUUCUUUGGGCUCCGGGGCCCAAUUAAAGAGCUACUGCCAGAAGCGACUAACAGAGCCGGUCAUUUGGUUAAUGAUUUUGUUUGUGGAGGGGUGUUGGGAGCAGCUCUUGGCAUCAUGUUUUACCCAUUAAAUGUGAUAAAAUCCCGGGCUCAGUCUCAGGUUGGUGGAGCCUUCCAGCCAUGCAGGGAGGUGCUGUUAACAGUGUGGAGAGAGAGGGGAGGCAGCCUGCCCAAGCUUUUCAGAGGGGCCCACCUCAACUACCACCGUUCACUUCUCUCCUGGGGCAUCAUCAAUGCCACCUAUGAGCUGCUGCUGAAGCUCUUAUGAGAGGAAGAAUCAACAGGACGAAAUGUAGAGGAAGUAUAUCAAGGGAAAACUUUUACUGAGGGCAGUUUGAAGGUGGAAAUGGCAAAGUAGAGUUGAUGCAAAUACAAUCUGGUUCUGUUUGUGAGACAGAGAUUCCAUGAAUGAGAGAUAGUAGAAAAGUUGCACUUCUGACGGGGGCCAACAGUCAGUGUAAGAUAACCACCUGCCAUUGUUACUUUUCUUUUCAGUGUUGUCAAAGUAUUAAAACCAAAACACGUUUUAGCCUUCACAGAACUUGUGCCAGGGUCCAAAUGGAAUGACCUUGCUUACUCGUACAGGAAAAGAAGCCGAGGGAGUAAACAGAACUCCUACUGUGUUCAUUUCUUUUUUUUUUUUCUUUCUUUUUUGUUUACAGUCACAAGAAAAUGUAUUCUGAUUGUUUUAAUAGACACUUCUUUCUUUGUAUGUGCUGUGUGCUGUGGUGUUUUGAAGAUUGUAACCAUCUGUUUGUUAGACCAAGAGCACUUCCUCUGAGAUUCUGCCAUGUAAAUACGUCUGUGCGUUUGACCAUUUAGACGCUCUAAUCCUCAAGGAGAGAGUAAUAAACUGUUGGCCUGUUUAUUUCUCCUCACAGCCGCUCUCUGCUUAUUCAGAGCUCAUGCUGAAGAGAUAAGAAGGGUAAUAAAAUAAUUAAAAUCAGUAUCCAUGAUACUUGUUUUGGGAAAUGCCAAAUAUAUUAAAUGGAAAAAUAGAAACAUCUGAAUACUUAUAUAUUUUUUGGAGUUUCUGUUUUCACAUGAUUCAUCUAUGUGAAAUGUCCUGCUAAGUAUAGUUUGUUUUGAUUUAUUUUCGGAAGUGCCACAGGCAGGGUGUGUUAUGAUUUUAGACAAGUGCUCAAUUAUGUAACACCCAGAUUUGUCUGUUUUUUGGGGUUUUUUUUUUUUUUUUGGUUUUUCAUUUUUAUUGAAAGAAUAAAAGUUUAUUUGAUUUAGACUGCUGUUGCAACAAAAAAGAAAUGGAUUUAUUUUGAUAUGAAGCUUUGCUUCAUUUGUUCAUUUUGAACCAGUUCUCUUUUAUUGACUCUAAAACAAAAUACUUCUGAAUGUUGUUUUUUUUUUUCUUCUUCUUUUUUCUUUUCAUUUCUCCAGUUUUUCCCUUUGAGUCAUUCUCAUUUAUUCUUUUCAUUUCUCUCCUGCUCACACUGAUAUUUUCCUUCUCUCACGCCUGCUCUCCUCUCUGUCUGUAACAUCUGUUGACAUAAUGGGCUCAGAUUUCAAGCUUGAGUAGAUCCAGUCACCACUCCGCGGCUCUGGCUGUGUACAGCAGCUCAAACGGGAAAGACACACUGCUUGGACACUUUAGAGACUGAAGAGUAACGGUACUGAGUGAAAGCAGGGACAGAGGGUAAUGUUCAGUGGCACAAAAAGCUCAAGCUGCCAUGUAAAUGAACCAUUUGGCCUAUUUCUUAAAAUGUUUUCAUAUGUGCAGUAUACUGGAUUUCCUGGGAGUUCCUUUUAAAUAGGUUUUAUAUUCCAUUUUCUUUAGUGGAAUGCCCUUUUUUAUGUUGAGUAAUAUUGUUUAUGGUUUUCUUGAAGCACAAGACACUGCAUUGCUUUAACAAUGUCAUUAAUAAACAGCUAAAGCAAAUAUACGUCCAAUAAAACCACAAAUAAAGUCUGUUAUGUGGAAGUUUAUGCAGAAUAAAUAGCUGACAGCCAUAUUGUCUUUAAGAAAAAUCUUAAUUCAUUAAAAAAAGAUGGCAGGUGUAUGUCUGUAAAAGGCUGUCAUGAAUCACAAAAGUGGGUUUUGUGUAGUUUUUGUCAGUUUUCUGACUAGUGAGUCACAGUAUAAUCUGUCAUUUUUCUGCCAUGUCCUACCUUCAUUAUACACUUUAAUCUCUUUGUAAUAAGCAUCACCCAAUAUUUAUGUAAAGGAGAUAAAUAAAACUGCACUGAAUCAU